AUGGAGUCCUGUGAGGGCCGCACUGUCCCUCUGCUCUGGUGCUAUUUCCAUUCACCCCACAGCAUCUGUGGGGCUCAGCUACCAGCAGAUGAAGAGGAUCAUCUCAUGGCCCCCCAAGGUGCCAGGACUCCAGACAGUAAGCCUGAACUGGGGACCAGAGAUCCAACUGGUGUCUGGGCCCUGUCAACUAUGGAGGAGCAGGAAGAGGGUGAGGGACAGGCAGAGGAGGAAUGUCCCAUCUGCACUGAGCCUUACGGGCCUGAUGAACACCACCCGGCCUUGCUGAACUGUGGUCACAGCCUGUGUGUGGGCUGCCUGCACCAACUGUUAGGCAUGACCCCCAGAACUGACCUGGGCCGUGUGUGCUGUCCACUGUGUCGUCAGAAGACACCCAUGCUAGAGUGGGAGAUCUGUCAGCUGCAGGAGGAACUGCUCAGAGCUGAUGGACCCCAGCGCCCAGUGCCCACUGCAUCCACUACACCCCUGCGCCCAGGCCCUGGGCCUUGGGGAUCCUUAGAACACCGCUACCGGCUGCGUUUUCUGGCAGGGCCUGUGGGAGGCCGGAGCUGCCUCCCCUUCCUACCCUGUCCUCCCAGCCUAGGUACCUGGCUGUGGAGACUGCGGGAACGUGGCCCAUGUGCCCGCCGUCUAUCACUGCUGAGCCUGCUGGCAUUAGAACUGCUGGGGCUGGUGCUCAUCUUCAUGCCACUCAUGUUACUAGGAGUGUUCUUCAUGCUCCUGGACCGCUCCGGCCGCUAAGCAGAGCCUAGGAUGUUGGCCACGUUUUGAAGCCCAUGCUCAGAAUCUGGUAAUCAGCAAAGACUUGCUAUCACCAGCCCCAAGACCAGGCCUGCCCAAGAGCCUGAGCCAGCCAGAGUGCUUACACACCCCGCAGCCCAGAUAGUGGCUAAAGCCAAGGACACUAAGCCAAGGACAGCCUCUGAAGGAGACUGUCCCAACAAGAAGGGCUGUGAACAGAACCCCGUGUGCUCGCCAUGAACAGGCAUUGGCUGGGUCAUAACACCAGCUCCUGAGCUCCAGCUGGUGAGGGUAAACACAAAUGUGAACAGAGAUAUAGCAGUAAUAGAUUUAUAGGAGAAGGCAAGAGCUGCAGGACCCUCACCUGUUCCAGACAGAGGUUGGGGUGUGUACCUGAAGGCCACCGUAGCUAGCAGGAGAGGCCUGCACUGCACAAACCCAGCCUUCAAAAGCUCACCCAACCUAAGACCCUCACCAAACACGGUAGCCCAGAGCAGCCGGGAUCAAUAUUGGCUUUGUCCUGCAAGGACCAAAGUUCAAUCCAGACCCUGAAGCCUGCAGAUGCCUAAGGUCCAGCUGUUUCUAAUUGACUGCAGUUCAUGUCACAGGACCAGGGGCCCUCACUCGGCCGAUGAAGACAAACGUCAGCCCACCUCAUGGCUUAUUCGUGACACAAUGCAAGGUGGUGGGAUAUUUCAGUCACUGUCCGGCGUAAGAAUGGCUCUCAAUAAACAGUUGCUACUGA